AUGGGGGACCACCAGCAAAGCUCGCUCUACAGCCACCGCAUGUCGGAGUCCGAGGACCAGCCAGAAAGGGGGCAGGAUGACGGCACCCUGGGCCUCCAGGGCCCCACGUAUGAGAACCGAGGGUCCAGGGACCCCAAAUACUGGGGUCUGGUCGAUGGGGACCUGGGAUUGGAAGACCAAGAGGAGGAAACUCCCCCUGAGGAGGUGAGUGGGGAAGAAUUCGUGGACGCCCAGAACCCGGAGGAGGCCCUCGCGGAGCUGGAGAGGGUUCUGGAGAAAGACGCGGAGGAGGGUGUGCCUGAGAUGAGCCGGCUGUCCAUCUCCCAGAGGAGCCCUGGCACCUCCGUGGGCUGGGAGCGGAGGAAGAGGCGGCUGUCUGAGUUGGCGAAACCCAAGACCAGCUGGCAAGUCUUGAAAGACAGGAUGGGGUGCUGCUGCAGGGGCUACGCCUGGAUCUCCCCCCGCAUGAGGAAGCUGCAGUUCUGUGUCUACUCGCCAUCUGUGUACUGGACAGAGAGGUUUCUUGAGGAUACCACCCUCACCAUCAUGGUGCCCGAGGUGUCCCGUCGACCUAAGAGGUUCUGUUCGGAGUAUUACAACAACAACAGGACCACCCCCAUCUGGCCCAUUCCCCGGUCCACCUUGGAGUACCGAGCGUCCAGCCGCCUGCGGGAACUGGCCACCCCGAAGGUCCGGAGUAACAUCUGGAGCAUACACACGUCUGAGGUGUCCCAAGUGUCCAGGGCAGCCCGGAUGGCCACCCCCAGUCCGAGGAUCAUCCAGCUGGCAAAGCCCAGGGCUCCAGCCGCCCUGCUGGAAGAGUGGGACCCCAUGCCAAAACCCAAGCCGCACGUGUCAGACUAUAACCGCCUCCUUCACCUGGCCAUGCCCAAGGCCCAGUCGGACAAGUGUGUUCCUGACCGAGACCCGCGCUGGGAGGUGCUGGAGGUCCCCAAGAAGGCGGUGGCCAGUCCCCGCAUCGUCUCCCUGGCCAAACCCAAAGUGCGGAGGGACCUGAGCGAGGGCUACAAACCCUACCGCGUCUCUCCAGCCUCCCUGGUGGCUCGUGCGUCCCCUCGCCUGCACGAGCUUGCCACCCCCGAGAGCGUCACCAAAAAAGCAUGA